CACCCACACACACCCACACGCACACCCACACCCCACACCCACACCCCACCAACACACACCCACACGCACACUCACAUCCCACACCCACCCUUAGUCAGAGAUCUAUCCAGUGUAUUUACCUGUAUGUAUCGUACACAGUCUCAUUGAUUUAAUGAUUCUUUCUUGUAGAAUUUUGUCUACGAUUUACAUGAUUAGCUUUCUGCGUUCGUGUCGUAUUCUAUUCAUAUUCUUUUCGCGAUUGUCGAUAUUAAGAUAAAAGUAUCAAAAUAAUGUAAGUCGUAAUUUCAUAAGAUAAGGAAUAACGAGGAUGCUUUCAUGCGUCGCAAGUUUGCCCAUGAAGAAGAAUGAGUGAAUCGUUAACAGCGAGAAACAUUUGUGUAAGGAUUUCAGUGUGGACGUGGCUGAAAAGAAAAGCCGUACCCAUACCCACACCCACAUCUACCCCACAUCCUAUUUACACCCACACCCACACCCACUAGAGCCCGUCGAGUCCACGAGUUUUGCACCCGAAACCCGACCCGGACCCGAUUAUUCAAAAUUUUUUAUACCCGGACCCGGACCCGGACCUGGACCCGGACCCGCUUGUUUAGAAAAUGUCAGACCCGAACCCGAUCCGGAUCUGGUUGCUUAAAUUUUUUAAACCCAAACACAAUGAUAAAUCAGUUUAUAUAAUAUAGUUGACAAGUGUUUUGUUAUUUUUUUAUGUAUUUUCUAAGUACAUUCGAUUUCUUCUUCUUCAUAAAAUGAACAAAACUUGAAAAAAAUUCACAGUACAUUUUAUGCAUCAAAGUUUUCUUCAGACCCGGAUCCAGGCGGAUCCGGGUCCUACCCAACGGGCUCUAACACCCACACCCGUCACACCCGCAUCCACACUCACAUCCUCAACCACGAUCGCUUCAUUUUUCGUUUCUUCUAUCAAAUUAUCCAAGCCACAUGUAAGUGCUAGAGGGUGUGUACGUGUGUGUAUGCGAUUUUGGAGUUGUACGUGAGCCAACAUAAGAAUGAGAUUUUAUGUAGAAGACUCUUCUCCAUACUAGACAUACUGACACCGACAUCCGCAUUUGUUAUUAAACAAGUAACGGUGAACAAAUUUUGAGUUCGUGCCAGAGUAGAAAUUAUUAUACAGAAAAAUGGUUGGUUUUUUUAAUAACAUUAUUCAUUUUGGUAGAGAUAGGUAACAAAGAGCAAAGCAGAAAGAAAACGAACAAGCAUGGGUGGUUAAAAAAAUUUUCACAGUUGUGUUGAUAUCCUCACAGGAAGAAAAAUCUUACAGGUGUGGAUACUUAUACAUGUAAAGGUAAGGUCUUCUUCACAAGUUCUCACCCAUACAUCACCCUGAAUCCUCAUACUAUCACGUACGUACUUUAUUCUACCCUUCACUCACACUUCGAGGAUCGAUAAAUUUCUAGAAAGAAUAAAAUGCAGAUGGUCAACACACACUGGAUUUUUUUUCUUUUUCAUAUUCGGUCGAUUCUACGUCAAGCAAAGAGAGUUCCUUGUUAUCUUGAGUAAAUAAAACUUUUUCUUUUGUUCGUCUCUUUUUUCACUUUGUUGAAACUUUGCUUUUCUUUCGACAGAUAUCUGAUUAUACUCACACUCUUGUUAAUAUUCGUUAUACCUUUACAUAAGAUAAGCAUAAACAAAAAACAAUUUUGAUCACUUGUCAUGACUGAUAUUAGACAAUUCAAUUACAGAGAACAUUGGCAAGAACUCGAAAUUACUCUUGAAAGAGUUUGUAACACUUUUUUUCAUGUGUUUAUUUGGAUCUUUAUUUUGCUCUGUUUUUUCAAAGCCAACAAGAGGUGAUACAGUAUUGGGAUUUACCAUUGCCGGCGGUAUUGAUAAACCUUUUCUUCAUCAUAAUUUUACAUCUAUUAUUGUUAAAAAUAUACAUGAAAACAGUCUUGCACAUAGAGAUAAACGAUUAAAAUUAUAUGACAUAAUAUUGUAUGUGAAUAAUAUUGAUUUUACGAAUAUUAAAUAUCAACAAGCUAUUAAUAUACUGAGAAAAGCAGGACCGACAGUUAAAUUGCUGAUACGUCGUCUGUCACCAUCGAAUAGUGAAGAGAUCGACCUAGAGCAUCAUGGAAAAUUAGGCAUUUCUAUUGCAGGUGGUAUUGGACAGGAAUGUUUUCAAGAUGAUCAUGGUAUAUUUAUUAUGGAAAUAGGUCAGCAUCAAACUAAUAGACAAUUAGAAAUAGGUGAUCGAUUAUUACGAAUUUCAUCAAUGUAUAACACUUACGAUUUACGAUUUGUUACGCAUGAUAUGGCAAAAAAAAAUAUCGAGUUAGCAUGUAAAGAAAGCAAAAAGAUUACAUUAUAUGUUGGACAUAAAAGGCCUAUUAUUGGAACGUAA